AGUGCUGGGAUUAGGGGUUGGACCACCAUGCCUGGGCUAGGCCCUGUCUUAAAGGGGGGUGGAGGCAGAAGGGAGGGGGAGGAGGAGAAGUAGCAGUAAUGGUAGCAGUAGUCCCAUAAACUGGGAGGUUUAUUUUAUUUUAUCAAUUUUUUUUUUAAACAGGGAGGUUUAGAAGAGGAGAAACUGCAGGUCAGCAGUGUCAGACGAAGGUGCUGCAGUGAGAGUCUGUCCAGGCUUCUUACAGCCUCCGCACCCCUGCACCCCUUGGCUUGUUUUCUGCAGGUGUUUUCGUUUUGUUGUUGUUUUUGUCUGUGUCUUCUCUCCAUCUUCCCUCAUGCAAGCCUCUGUCCAAAUGUCCCCUCUUUAUGUAGGUGCUACUGAAGCUGGGCUGGGACAAACCCUAAUCUUGCUUCAACCUGAGUUCCCUCGGUAAGGACCACGUUUCCAGACAAGGACAUAUUCUAAUUUACGAGUGUGUGGGGAGCACAAUCCAACUCCUCACAGGAACUGAACUCUGGCGAGUGUAGGCGUGGACUGUCACACCUGCGAAUCCAGGAGGUGUGGGGGGGCUCUAGGACUACCUGGGGUACAGCCGCCUGGCUGACUACCGGGUAAUCAGCACCCAGCCCCAGGGCAGCUCAGAUUAACUCCGACUUGCCCCGAGUGGCAGGCAGGCCGGCCGACGACCAACAGAGCUCAGCCUCUGACCUUCCCCACUGUAAUCCAGCAGGAGAGCCCUUAGCCGGACAAUAAAAUACAGGGGAGCAAAGUUACAAGCAUGAAGUAGGGCGCGUUCUCGGGGCUUUGCUUUAAGCAGCCCUCUGACUCCAAAUGCCCCGGGGACCAAGGCGGCCCCAGGUGGCCCUGCAGGAAGGGGCAUCCCCGGGAAGCCGGCUGCGGGCUCCGGGGCUGCUUGGGGGGUGGGCAGAGCAGCACGAACCCUCCCCGCGGCCGGGCUUUCCUCCCCAGGUCCGCCGAGUUCCCCAACAGGACGCCGCAGAAUGCACCCCAAGCGGGGGACACGACUGGGGAGGCGAAAAUCACCCCAUCUCUGCAGAUCUACGUUUAGAAGGUGCUUUGACGAGUGGAUGCUUCACCGUUGUCCGUAUUCAUCCCCGGACUCUGAUCUCUCCCAAGUGUUUUCCUUCUUGAUGUUGAUGUACAAAAGCUGUUAUUCGAUUUGUCUAGCUUUUAUUUGAUUUGUUUUGUGCUCAUUCUAGAGAGUAUUGGCUUAGCAGAACUGUAAAAAAGGGAGGGAAGAGAGAGAGAAAAAGGAUUAGAGGAACAGAAAAAGAUACAUCAUUUUCUGUCAGCAAGACUGUGCACAAUAUUUGUCAUGAGAAAAGAAAACAAGCCUAUGCCAACACAUGGUUCAAAUGCACUGAGAUUUAUCACCAAAGAAGACUGAGAAGUUGGAGAAUUGUUUCAUUGAACACACAGCACAGUCUUUCCAAAAAGUGAUCGUGUGUGUGUGUGUGUGUGUGUGUGUGUGUGUGUGUGUCUUUUUGAGACAGGG